UGUGGAUUGUGACGGUCAAUAAAGUUAUCAAAUGCAUGCGAGUUUUUUCUUGGCGACUGCAUGAGUCGUAUCCACCAUUAAAUUUGGUCUCGGUAUUUCGCUGGUCAUCUCUGGCUGUCGUUUGCUCCUCUGUUAUCUUUCGCUGCUGUCAAUUAGGUUGAUAAGUCUGUAUUCUGUCACGCGAGGUCGCGGUCGUGAAACGUCGAGUCGAUCGGCGAUUUUUCGGAAACGGGUGUGCUAGUGAAGGUGAUUAGUGCGUGAUAGUUCCUGAUUUCUACAGUGCAGUGAGUGAGAGGUGUAAAAUUUGAAAAUGGUUGGUGAAGUGAAGGCACUGUUGAAGCGUGAGCGACAGUUGCAGAACAGUUUAACGUUCAUUGACAAGUUUAUCCAGAACUAUGACGAUGAACGGGAUGCGCAUCAAUUAAGUGUGCGAUUGAACGUGCUAGAGCAAAUGGGUGCAGAAUAUUAUACGGUGCGUGCCAAACUGGAGCUUUUGCAGGAAGAAGAAGAGGAAAAGAAGCAGGCUGGUGCUGAACCUGCAGUGAAAGAGGAAGCAUUGCACCACCUCGAAGAGACAAACUACCAGGCAAUGCACGAUUUCGACGAUUGUUUUUGUACCCUGAAGGCUGAGCUACUAGAGCUGCAGUUGUGCAAGGACCCAUUGCAUACCAGCCACAACGACUCCUCAUCGGCGCAUCGGACAUCUACGUCUAUCUCCCGAGUAAAACUUCCAGAGAUACGACUUCCUAGUUUCGGUGGGCGAAUUCAUGAGUGGGUGACAUUCCGUGACACUUUUCGUAGUCUCAUCGACCAAAGCGCGCAGCUGAACGAGAUCGAUAAAUUCACAUACCUGAGGGCGUCACUUUCUGGUGAAGCGCUCCAGGAAAUUAACUCGGUCGAGAUUUCUGCUGCAAACUAUGAUGUGGCUUGGAAGGCGUUGCAAGAACGAUACGAGAACAAGAAGCUGCUUGUGAAGGCGUACUUAGAUGCUCUCUUUUUCAUCGAGCCACUGAAGAAGGAGAAUUACGACGGACUUAGUCAACUGAUCGGUCAGUUUGAGAAAAACUUGCAGAUGUUAGAGAAGAUUGGUGAGUCUACAGAGAACUGGAGCACGAUUCUUGCCUAUAUGGUAUGCACGAGGUUGGAUUCCUCGACACUUCGACAAUGGGAGUCUCAUCAUAAUUCCAAGGAUGUCCCAAAUUAUCGAGAUUUGAUGGGAUUUCUGCGUAGUCAGUGCUCCGUUCUACAAUCCAUUUCCAUCCCAUCCAAGAUGAACAGCGAUCCACGUUCCCAGAAGCUGGCAGUCUGUCACACGCUUGUGAAGACAUCUGGGAAGUGUCCAUUCUGUGACGAGUCGUGGCAUUCAGCGUUUCAGUGUGCGAAGUUUCAGAAGCAGUCUGUUCCAGAUCGCAUCAGCGCUGUUAUGAGGAGUAAGCUUUGUCGCAACUGUCUGCGUCCAGGACACGUUGCAAGAACCUGCGAGAGAGGAGCCUGUCAUCACUGUCAUCAGCGUCACCACUCGAUGCUGCAUACUGAAACACCGCAGGCAGGAUCCUCCGUUUCACUUCCGCAGUCAAGACCUCAGACAGUACCCCAGCAGCCACGACAGCCACAAACCAAGCAACACAGUCCGAACCAACAAAUACACACUCAUCCGACCAAUGCACAGACGAACACCGCCAACUCGCAUAACACAACAACAUCACCGUCCAACACCAACACAGCCUCCACUAGCCAAACAUGCAUAGCCUUCCCCAACGCACCUACACACAAUAUUAUUCUCUCGACGGCGCUUUUGACCGUUAAGGACCGUCACGGCAAUUCGUUGCUUGCGCGAGCCUUGCUAGAUUCUUGCUCACAGCAUUGCCUGAUGACGGCUAGUUUUUCAAAUAAGCUUAAGUUCCGUGAAUCGCCAACAUUUUUGUGCAUUCAGGGCAUUGGUUCGUCGAGUGUAGCGUCAACAAGAUCCGUCAGUGUAGCAGUUGCUGCACGGUCUAGUGAGAUUUCGUCGUAUGCCGAGGAGAUGUGUUUCCAUGUUUUGCCGAAGCUAACAUUGGCGUUACCGACAGCAAGUUUCAAUCCAUCCCAGUUGUGUCUACCAGAAGCAGCAUCUCUUGCCGAUCCAUGGUUUUAUGAAUCCGGUCCGAUUGACAUGAUUAUCGGGGCGGAGUAUUACGUCGACCUGUUUGAAGAGGGUAGAUACAAGGCAACUGAAGACGGGCCUACUCUGCAGAAAACUGUUUUUGGCUGGAUAGUUUCCGGUCGCGUUCCCAGUUCAUCAUCUAGCGGUGCAAUUUCGACAACCAAUUUUUGUUUAACAGCCGAGAUUCAAGAUCAAUUAGCCAAGUUUUGGGAGUUAGAAACUUGUCGAACAACCAGCACGAAUUCCACGGAAGAACUUGUCGAACAACCAGCACGAAUUCCACGGAAGAGUCGGCGUGCGAGAAAAUCUUCAGAGAGACUACAUUCAGAGAUGAGACGGGAAGAUUCGUAGUCACACUUCCAAAAAAGCAAUCGAUCAUCAAUCAGCUCGGCGAUUCUAAAGGUACAGCUGUUAAGCGGUUUAUGAGUUUAGAGCGACGUCUGGCAGCUAACCCGGAGUUGAAAGCGCAGUACAGUGAAUUUAUACACGAGCAUCAAGCUCUUGGUCAUAUGAGCGAAGUCGUCGAAGAUACUUCAUACACCGUUUACAACCUGCCAAAUCAUGCUGUUUUGAAACCUGACAGCACGACUACGAAGCUGCGCGUAGUGUUUGACGCUUCAUGUCGAACUAGCUCAGGGUACUCUCUGAACGAUGCUCUGAUGGUCGGUCCUGUCGUACAAGACGAUUUGUUGGAUGUUAUUCUCAGAUUCCGUCUACAUCGUUACGCACUAGUCGCUGACAUCGCAAAAAUGUACCGCAUGGUGCAAGUUCAGCCUGCCGAUCAGCUUCUGCAAAGGAUUCUAUGGCGAGAUUCAUCAGCAGAACCCAUCAAAAUCUUCCAAUUGACUACGGUCACGUAUGGCACGGCUUCCGCGCCGUAUUUGGCGACAAAAUGUUUGCAGACAUUAGCAGAAGAUGGUCAACAGACACACCCUAUUGCUGCGAAGGUGGUCCGGCAGGAUUUUUAUGUAGACGAUAUGUUGUCCGGAGUAGACAAACCUGAAGAAGGUAGAAUGUUUGUCAACGAGAUGAUCAGCCUAAUGGAAUCAGCGGGAUUCUCGUUACGAAAGUAGAACUCCAACUGCAGGGAGAUACUGUUAGAGGUACCAGAACAUCUGAGAGAUGAUCGCACUAUACUUCAGCUUGAUUCCCCAACAUCCACUGUUAAAACGCUAGGUUUACUGUGGUACAGUACCCAGUACAGAUCGAUUCCAAUUCAGCACCCCGCAGUGGAACUCAUCGGCGGUCAUCACCAAACGCACCGUUCUGUCGGAUGUCUCUCGACUUUUCGAUCCACUCGGACUGGUAGGGCCCGUGAUCAUACAGGCCAAUAUGUUCAUUCAAGAAUUGUGGAAACUUGACUGUGGUUGGGAUGAAGGCAUGCAGGAUCGCUGGCAUGAAUAUCGUCGAAACUUGACUGGCCUUGAGGGAUUGUCUGUACUUCGCUGGGUUGAAAUCAGAUCCGAUACCAUCAACAUACAGCUCCAUGGGUUCUGUGAUGCCUCUGAGAAGGCAUAUGGGGCCUGCGUCUACGUGAGAAGUAUCUCCAAUAGCGGGUCUGUUGCUGUACACCUACUGGCAUCGAAGUCCCGUGUCGCCCUCUUGAGAAUCUGAAAAAGAAGAAGCAACGCCAAACGAUUCCGCGCUUGGAGCUUUCUUCAGCUUUACUCCUUUGCCACCUCUACGAAAGAGUGGUCAGUAGCACACACAUCACAGCCCCAGCUUUCUUUUGGACAGAUUCGAUGAUUGUUAAGUGCUGGUUAGCAUCAUCACCGUCGCGAUGGAAAGAAUUCGUUGCGAACCGAGUUUCAGAAAUCCAGCAUAUAACGAAAGGCAGCAUCUGGAAUCACGUAUCAGGAGUUGAAAACCCAGCCGAUAUAGUUUCUCGCGGCAUGACGCCUGCGCAGCUGCAGUACCAAUCGCUAUGGUUUGGUGGACCUCACUGGCUGCUUCUGGAGCAAGAUAACUGGCCGGGAACACUGCAAACUUGCGAAGACAGCAUUGACAGAUCAGUACUAGAGGAAAAAGGAGCCGUUGUCGCAGUUCUGAAAUCCGUGUCUCCCAGUGAGCUGUUUAACCUGCGAUCAACUUACACUGGAUUGGUGCGACUCACAGCAUACAUUUGUCGGUUCCGUUUCAACGCUCAAGCUGCAAAUCGGAAUUGCCGAAACCUUGGAAGUUUAACCGUCAAAGAACUCGACGGCGCUAUACGGACACUUCUCUCUGUCUCAGCGAGAAUGUUUCCCACAAGAGCUGGCUGAUUUGACCAACAAUCGUCCACUGCGUGAUUCAUCGAUCCUUCCGCUCGAUCCUCAAUUAAUUGAAGGCAUACUAUGCGUUGGCGGCCGGCUACGGCACGCACAUCUGUCGAACAGUCGAAAGCAUCCGUUCAUUUUGGAUCGUCGUCACCCUCUUGCAAGGAUAGUAAUGGAGUACUAUCAUCAGAAGCUGUUCCACGCGGGUCAACAGUUACUGAUAUCGGGAGUUCGAGAACGAUUCUAGCCGACAUUCGCCCGUGAUUUACCAAGAAGCGUAAUCCAUAAGUGCAUCGCAUGCUUUCGGGUGAAACCGAGAGUCCAGGAUCAACUGAUGGCGGAUCUACCGCCAGAAAGAGUCACACCAUGCUUACCGUUUCAUCGUGUUGGAGUUGACUACUGUGGACCGUUUACCCGUAUCGCAAAAAUCGCCCAGUGAAGUGCUUUGUAGCCAUCUACGUUUGCCUGGUCACCAAAGCAGUGCACCUGGAAUUAGCAGCAGAUUUGACAACCCAGGCCUUCUUGGCCACACUGAAACGUUUUUCAUCCCGGCGAGGCAAGCCGGAACUCAUCAUGUGCGACAAUGCUCGAAAUUUCGUCGGCACAAAACGGGAGCUUGACGAGCUUCGUAAAUUGUUCAACAAUCAGCAGUUUCAAGAACAGGCGAUAAGGGAAGCUUCAGAGGACAAAAUAGACUUCAAAUUCAUACCAGCACGAUCGCCGAACUUUGGCGGACUAUGGGAGUCAGCAGUGAAGUCGUUCAAAACCCUAUUCAAACGCACUAUCGGAACACGAAGUUUGCUUCACGACGAAAUGCUUACAGUACUAGUACAAAUCGAAGCGAUUUUAAACUCUCGUCCGCUUACACCUGUUAGCAACGAUCCAGCAGAUUUCGAAGCGUUAACUCCAGGACACUAUCUGAUUCAUCGGCCACUAACGGCAAUACCAGAACCAAACCUGGACAGUAUUCCUGAAGGUCGACUAGCAGCAUGGCAACGAAAUCAGCAGUUUCUUCAGCAAUUGUGGAAAAGGUGGUCGGAACAGUAUUUAUCCGAUCUGCAAAACAGAACUAGAGGGAUGUGACGAAAGGAAAAUUUAACGAUCGGGACCACGAUUGUCCCGAAAGACGAAAAUCAACCCCCACUGAAAUGGCAGUUGGGGCGCAUAACGGAAAUUCAUCCUGGACCUGAUGGAAACAAACAAACGAAGGAUGGUAGCUACCGAAGAGGGAUUUCCAAAAUCUGCGUGCUACCCAUCCGUGACAACUUUAACUCAACGCCCGAAGAGACCUAGAUGUCUCCAGUUGCGGAGAUCCAGAGGACCACCAUCGCAACGUCAGGUUUCGGUCAUCUCCCGGAAUGCUAGACGACCCGCACUCAAGCUAAAUGAGUAUCCUUGUUUGAUUCCCCACAUUCGGAGGUAAUCUGUUUUGUUUCAGCGAUGGUCCAUGUUUUUGAUGUUGCAUGCUUGCAUUAUGUUCAAGUUUGUACUGUCCUCCGUGAAGAAUCCAUUCUAAAACCACACAUCACGCUUGGUUUAUUCGAGGUACAACUACGUCUUGCCUGCAACGGAGGAAGAAGUGGUCAAUUCAUCCUCUUGAAGCCCACGCCGGAGUCGUUGGCGAGCAUGACCAGCUCGACUUGACGAUUAAAGCAGCGUAGAGAUCCAUCGCAGUCACAGCACAUUCGUAGCAUACCGAAAAUCACCAGCGUAUCGUCGAAUCUCACCGCACCCGAGCAACAUCUAUCAGCAUACCAUCAUCGAUGACGUCACCAUCACUAAAACUAUCCGAUCAUAGUAGCAGCACACCAAUAAACGUUCGUUGGUAACACCGAAGUCCUGAGAGACGCACCCAGUCCGGCGGAAUGUCCGUUGGAACCAACCAAGUAGUCACGAAUCAACCGGCAACCAAUCGUGAUCGAGUCCACAGCGAGAAGGAAGAAUGUCCUGCAAAAAUUCCAGUUCAGUCAGCAAUCCAGCCAAUAAACAAACAGCAGAAAAACCAGCAAAAUCACCACUUACCAGCAGCGCAUAAAUGCAAUCCACCGUAGCAGCCAAGGGCACCGAAUGCCCAGGAACAACAGCAGCAGCGAGAUGUUUUCGGCAAACUGUAUUCACACAGCAACAGAACCGUCAAAAUAUCAGCAGAACAACAAAUACGUUGCAUCUCAAAUGCACUUUUGAUCGACCCAACAGCAGAAGAAUGCUCACCGCAAAGCAGAAUUGGGUCAAGGUCUAUUGAUCAUCUGUCGAACCAGCAACACCGAAUAUUGGCAGUAUACAAGCGAAGAAAUUUGAUUCGUUUAAGUUGAAUUGUUUACAGUAAAUACAAUUUGAAAUGUAAAGAUUAGCAGUAGUCAGAGUAGGAAGACAAUAUUUUGAAAUUCGUCGAGAUUUCAAGGCGGCCGGCGUAUGUUGAAGCAAGAAGAAAAAUGAGGGCAACUAAAUUUUCACAACCACCCUACAACUCCGACAAAACGGAGAAUUGAUCAGUCCCGUUCUAGCGCGUAGCGUUCUUCGGUCUAUCUCAUCCAUCUGAUGUUGGUAGACACGAAGCAAUAGGCUUUUUUGGCACGAACGAUCACCGGUCGCCGGUCAGCUGACCAAAUGUAGGUCAGAGAAAUAUAGUUUAGUAUCAAAUAUACAGUCCAUUGGAAUAAACGUUUUUUACGCCAGUUUGCGUUUCUGUUCGCGCAGUGAAGUUUUUCAGUUUUUAUUAAGUCCAAGUAUCCGAAGAACCACAGUGCGCGCGAACAAUAUUAAAUACUGAAUUUGGACGAAAGAUUUUUACCAUUUCCCAUAGCAAGAAAUAAGGCCAAAUACAGGGAAUGUAUUAUUACGCCAAAACGGCUAAUUUUAGUUCAAUAGCGUCUUCGGAGAAUUCAAUGGGUGCAAUAGGCACUUUUUAAUAUUGUGUUUUUGUUGAUUAAUCCCCCUACAAGUGAGAUAUUUUCAUAAAUUUUCUUGGAUGUGAUUGUACUGAAACGAUGCCUUCAGCGAAUUCAUAGCUUGUUGUUUGUGGAUUACUCUUUGUCAAUUGUUCAAUAUAGUAAUAAACCAUUUAAAUACGCCAAAUAUUAUUACGAUAAAAAGAGUUUCAUAUUUACUUCUUCUAUUCACCACCGCUAAAAAUAACCACCCAACAAUUCUAAGUUGUCAGGAUGAAACUUGAUCAGUUAUCGGUGCAAAAAAUUUCAUUUAUGUGAACCUUUUGACAGCAAAUUUUCUAACUUAUAACCAUCGGAUCGAUCUGGAACAUAUCUCGGAAAAUGAAAAGCGCAAUAAAUAACUUCAAACUGCAUCGUAGCCAAAAGGAGGUUUUGGGAGUUCACCCCACCCCCAAAAUUGAUUGGAUUGAAGCGAAAAAUUUAUUGUUGCUGACUGAUUCUAUUUAAUAUUACAAUAAUAAUUAUUUGAUCAGUACAUUGAUAACCUAUUGUUUUAAACAUCAUGAGCACUUUUGAAAAAUUGUGGGA